CCCAUCAAAACAUAUCGAAAAUUUGCAAGUUCUGAUACAAAAUUCAUUUUUUUGAAUUCAUUAUUGAGCUUUGACCGACACGGACCUAGCAAAAUUGAAUCAAUUGAAAUGAAUUUCAUCUAUCCUGAAAGUUAUAAUGAAAACAAAUUAAUUUACGAUUUAAACAUUGAUCUGAUUUCUAUUCCAUGGGAAUGUGAUAAACCAGUUAAAAUCAGUACGAAUGGCACUGAUCGACCUGUUUUCAAUUCUACCACCAAAUCAAUGCAUUUGAAUUGUGCCAACAACCGAAUUAUUUGCAGCAUGAUUCGUUGUCGUUUUGGUUCAUGGCCGAAAACUUUGCCAAAAAUCUAUGUUACAAUGUCUGGUCGUAUGGAUAUCGGAAACAUUAAUAAAAAAAAUAAGCGCUUGUCCUUAUCAAAUAUAACUGUUGAUAUUAAUUUUGAAGCCAAAAUAAAUGAUAAAUUCAUUAAAAACAAGGAUAACGAAAUGAAUAAAUCGACAAGUCAGAUACGUUUCCAUUUACAACGAAUAGAACCAAAAUCUACAACAAUAAUUCCUUAUAUUGUAGCUAGCAUCAUAGGCGGUUUGAUUUUAUUAUUGGUAAUUGGCUUGUGUCUUUUCUGGCUUGGAUUUUUUCGAAGAAAUAUAGCUUCGGCCGAACGUGCUCAGCGAAUCGAUUCAAGAGAAAUAAUUGAUUGAAUAAUUGAUCAAUUAUCAUCAUCGAAUCGAAUCGAUCACCACAAUUAUUGUUAUGCAAUUCUUUUUGUUUUGUUUUAAAAUUAUUUUCAUCAUCUACUAACCAAAGAAAUGAAUGUGACAGC